AUAAAAUUAAACCUUGAAUCUAUACCACCGUGGUAGAUUUCACAAAGUAUGUACAAUUAGUCCGAUCGCUGUAGAAAAGAGAUGUGUUGUCCUCGGGGGCAAGAACAGAAUUCAUAGGACAGGACACGAAGCAGCUCACAUGAUAGUGCUGUGACUGUCUUCUGAGGUUAUGGGUGUGUGAAUGUUUUUUUUUUUUUUUUCCUUAUCGAUGAGAGCCAAAGCCCCUUUAGUGCUCUUAUUGUCCUCUAUGCAAGUCUGAUAAGAAACACCAGUCGUCGGGAUGCCAUCUCCCUGAGUUUUCCCAGACAAAUAUCUUAAGUCACUGUGGAGCCGAGGCGAGAUCUUGGAAAAUGGGAGGCUGACAAUCAGAGCAUCCACCGGGGAUUCGGAGCUGCAGAAGUGCCACUAGUUGUUUUGAAGGAGCGAAGAAGGUGCAGCAUCUUUUAACCAAGAUGGGUUCGGCUUUCAAGAGGUUCUGCAUGCAGUUCUGCUGCUGCUGCUGUGCCAAAGACGAGGACGAAGAAGAGGAAAAGCAACCUCUCAUAACUCCAGAUCCACUGGAUUAUUUUACUCGUGAAGUCCAGAAGAGACGAGACGAGGAGACCAACCUGUGGAGUGAACCCGGAGACCCCAGCCACUCGGAGAGAGAUGAUGACCGGACGCUUUACACCCUGCUUCAGGCCAGGAAUAAAACCCGCAUUGGAUCCACGGGCUAUCGUCGACUGAGUGUGGACAUCGAAGCCAUGAGAGACACACGCAGAGAAGUCAGAGACAAAUGGAAAACUAUCCUAGAGAACCUGGGUUUUAUGGCUGAGGCAGACUCACUGCUGACAGUAUCUGCUGGUGCCUCAGCUGACCGCAUGCGUAACGCCCCGGCAGCACGUGCCAUGCUGCACACGUUGCACACGGAGACCUCCAUCUUCAGCUCCAAGGAGGCCCCACCAGAAAGAUAUCUGUUCAUCAUUGAUCGCCUCCUUUACCUCGACAUCGGUGAAGAUUUCUUGGCCAAGGCGAGGCGGUUUUACCCUCCGAAAGACGACUCUGACGAGGAGAUGCCGGGCCUGGCCAUAAACCUGCCGCUGCUGCUGGCCAGGGUCGAGGCCAUGAACGGACGUGGCAAUGACGACGACGAAGAGGACGACAGUGAAAAAGAUGAUUAAAAACUGAUCCAAUGAGGUCUGCUGGCUUGCAGUGAUGACAGACCGCAGCCAGGGGGCAGUAGCCAUCAAUCUUGAUUACCUUCAGGCGGCUGAAGCCUCGAUAUCAGUUUUUGCUGCUGCAGGCUGAAUAUCUUCUUCUUCUGCCCUAACUUCAAGGGUUAAAUCAUUUCUGUUUUCUGUCUUCCAAAUGACUGUUUAAAUGUUUUGAAAUUUAAACAGUCGACAAAAUCCUUAAGUUUCACUUUUUAAUAGCGCUUAUUUAGCCGAGCUGCAUGACGGGGCAGCGUCACUUUCUUCCUGAAAAAUUACCGAUGCGCAACGAAGGCAAAGAUGUGAUGAUAGAAAAGUGGAGGAGAUAAUGGGAGAAAAGACAUGGCGCCAAUAAGAAAGAUUGAUUACAGAAUUCCAGAAACGUUAAAUAUAAUUUGCUGUGAGAGUGUUUUUCUCCCUUCCGCGGAGUUUAAAGCGUGUUCAUUGUUCACUUGCUGAGAACCUUCAGGGUCGCAAUGAUUUUUUUCAGCACAGCCUCUUUAUCUUUUGUCCUGUGAUUAUCAGCACUUCCAGUCAAUCACAUGAUUCGUGCAAACACUGGAUAAACAGUCGAGCUAUCUAAUGUCACAGUUUUUAAAUAAAUAAUUAACAUGGAUUAUUUCUGUUUAUUUGAUCAGCACUUGUUUGAAGUCUGCAUUUGGUUUCAGAUUAAAUUGGAAAAAGAAGAUGAAAAUUGCGUUAUCAGUUCUGUAUGUUGAACGGUUUGAAGCGAUUAUGUGUGUGACUGAGACGGCCUUCAGGUGAUGUGUGUGGGAGGGUAUUUUUCCUUCCAACAAGCUAUGGAAAAUGUGAAAAACAUCUAAGCACAUGUGUAAGUCCUUGUGUUUGUUCAUGAUUGAAUAAAAGUUUCUGCCU